UUGGUUCAUUAAUUUUAAAUAUUAUUGUGAUAAACGCUUUCUUAUUUUUCUGUUGUUUAAUAUUUACUUUCAUUGAGUCAUGUGCACAAGUUGACUCUCGAUUUCGCCCUUGAAAACAGUGAUACAAAAAGUCUAAAGUCAGCAUAGCAACAACUGUACCAUACAAUUUUAGAGUUUUUAGAAGGAAAUCUAGCGCCAAAAAGAGUGGUGUCGAUAUGAGAUGAGUGCUACAAUUAAUACAUGGUGGUAUAAAGUAAUGAAGUUAUAAUAUUUGUCUGAACAUAAUUAAUAAGAAAAGUUGGUGCUAAUUAUUAGCUUAAAAUGAUUACAAGAAGAUGGUUCCAUCCAUCACUGAAUGGAGUGGAUGCUGAGAAAUUGUUGCUAGAAAAAGGUAGGGAUGGUUAUUUUCUCGCCAGACCCAGUAUGAGUAAUAAAGGUGACUUUACACUAUCAGUCAGACGAGGAAACGAAGUGACGCACAUAAAAAUCCAAAAUAAUGGUGAAUUUCUUGACUUGUAUGGUGGUGAGAAAUUUGCUACACUCUCAGAGUUAGUGCAGUAUUACAUGGAAAAUCAAGGUCAGUUACGUGAAAAAAAUGGCAAUAUUAUAAGAUUAAAAACUCCUUUAAAUUGCGCCGAUCCGACUACUGAACGAUGGUACCACGGCCAGCUCACUGCGAAAGAAGCGGAACGAAUCAUGUUGGAAAACGGGAAAAACGGAUCUUUCCUAGUGAGAGAGUCGCAGAGGCAACCCGGGGACUUCGUCCUGUCGGUUCGCACUCGAGAGAAGGUGACGCACAUAAUAAUCAGACGUCAGGGGAACAUGUACGACGUCGGCGGCGGCCUCCAGUUCGACGACCUGGUGGGCCUCGUGGAGCACUACCGGAACUAUCCCCUCGUCGAAACCACCGGCGAAGUUAUACGCCUCAUGCAGCCCUUCAACGCCACUCGGAUCCAGGUGCAACACUUCCACACGCGCGUCAAACAACUGCAGAGCGAAAACGAGGGCCCGAUCGAGAGUAUGGCCUACAAACAAGGGUUCUGGGAGGAGUUCGAAACCCUGCAAAUGAUGGAGAACCUUCAGCUAUUCGACAGAAUGGAGGGCUCGAAGCCGGAGAAUAUUAGAAAAAAUAGGUACAAGAACAUCAUACCGUUCGAUCAUACGCGAGUCGUCCUUCGCGACAUCCCCGCUGACGCGCCGCCGGGCUCCGACUAUAUCAACGCUAAUUACAUUCGCUGCGACUUCAUCGACUCCAAUUCGGAGGGCAACGACGUGAACGGCUCCAACGAGAACAGCAGCCCCCAGAGUAAGGACGAAAACUCCAGGAGCAAAGUCAUUCAAGUUAGCAUAUCGGAGGAGAAACAGAAGGAGCCCUCGAAAGCCUACGUGAGAAACGGCGUCUACAAGCCGAUGCCCACGUUCGAGGUCAGCGUUCUCCGCACCAACCCCAACUACGUCAACACCACUAUCCCCAAAGCGAGCGACGCGGCCGAGAACCGGGAUCUGGUAAACGUCUACAACAAGGUGUACAUUGCCACGCAGGGGUGUCUCUCCACCACCAUCUACCAGUUCUGGUCCAUGAUAUGGCAGGAGGACGUCCGCAUCAUAAUAAUGACCACCAAGGAAAUGGAGCGCGGGAAAGUCAAGUGCGAGCGGUACUGGCCCGAUCUCAACAAGACGGAAGUGAUAAAGAAGUACACGAUAUUCAACGAGAUGGAGUCGUCGACGCAAGACUACACGCUGCGGCGGUUCGUGGUGACGAAGAAGGACGAGCCGACCGUGAAGCGGACGAUAUUCCACUUCCACUUCACCGCGUGGCCCGACCACGGCGUGCCGGCCGAGCCGGGCCGCGUGCUCAACAUCUUGCUCGACGUCAACUACCGUCUACACCAGAUCAUGACCGGCGAGAACCCGCCGAGCCAGGCCGUCGUCUGCGUCCACUGCUCCGCCGGCAUCGGCAGGACGGGGACCUUCAUCGUCAUCGACAUGAUCCUCGAUCAGAUAAGGAAGGAGGGUUUCGACUGCGAAAUAGAUAUCCACCGGACGGUGCAGAUGGUGCGAGACCAGCGGUCUGGUAUGGUGCAGAACGAGGCCCAGUACAAGUUCAUUUACAUGGCGUUGCUAGAGUUCAUCGAGACCGAGAAGUUGAGAGUGGGUCUGGGCUCCGAACCCCCGCAGGAGGUUCAAGCACCGGAAAAGAACUUUUUCAGUAAAAUAAACGCCCUGUCGAUUGGAAACAAGUAGGUAGUUCGGUAUUGUAAGGAAUAUAUCGUCAUCUGUUAGAGAUUAAAAUGAUUAUGGAUCUAUUCUAUUAAAGAGCGGUUGUUAAUUUUAUGAUACAUAGAUUUAUCCGAUCUGCAUAGAUCGUUUUGCAAUAUUUUGCUGAUAAAAUUAAUUCUAACUUUGUUGAAAUAUUGUAAUUCUUUUUUAAAAAGGGUUUCACGAGACACCGUAAAAUGAAUAAUAAAAACAAUAAUUCUUUAUUUACUUCACCUAUAACGUGUGGCCUAAGUAAAAGGUGUCAUUAUUAUUUUAGAACUCCUUCAAGAGUUUAAUGACCAAAAAUCAAGCUACGCGACAUUGAGCUCUAGAGACCUAAUAACAUGUUAAUUUAUCUAAAUGUUAUUAAAUAUGCAUCACCUUUUCAAAUCUUUUGGUAGAGUAUAAAUCAAAUAAGUUUGUAUAUAAUUAUAUGAAAACUGGGAGACCUGAUGAUGUUUCAAAAUAUUGCUUUAAAUUUAUUAUAUGAAGUCAGGCGCUUGGCUUCAAUGUGAUCUCGAA